CAACGACACUCAUUGUUGGCUCGAACAGCAACUCAUCACUAUUGCUAGCAGUACGAAUAAAUACCAACUGUGAAAAAAGACACCCUCAGCAAGUGAGGACAGGCCAUACCUGUCGAGUGACACAGCCUUGUUUGCUCCGGCUAUCCGCGUGCACCGACACCGCUCGAACAGUCCCCAGCCACGUCCAAGGAUCUCAAACAUUCUCUCAUUGUCCUCAUUGUCUCACACAUUCGCUUCACCGUGAUCUCAAGUUCAAUAAAUACGGUCGUUCCACUUUCACUUCACCUUCCCUGUGCUACCGAUUCAACUCCUCGGCACUUUUCAACUAUUGCAACAAUUUCUACUACAUCAUCAUCAUGGAGUCUUCCGAGGGUCAGCUUGCGCUCAUCAGAGUGUGGGCUAACGGUACGGACUUCGAGAUCGACAACAGCAAAUCACCAAAAGCCAACUUCGCAGGUCUAGCGAAGGCGCAAGGAUGGGUUGGAGGUGACGCGAACUGGCGGCUGCACUGGGAGGCGUGUUUCAAGGAACCUUAUCUGUUCGGUUGCCGUAAAGGCUGCGAAACACCUGCCAAACCCGUCGCUACGCUGGGUUUAAUGGAACGCUCGCGCCGCCGACUCUCCAGCAGCUCAGACAACUCUGCUGAAUCUGCCGAGUCAGAUUUUUCCUUCAUCUCAGCAGCGCCUAGCAUUCAGUCUCUAGACACUAAUGGCUCAAUCAUCGGAGGCAUCGUCCUUGGGCUUGAGUCUGUGUCACUUGAGAACACCGAGAAUGCGCCGCCCACGGCUUCCACUACCGAGACCCAGCAUUCCAGGACUCCAACCACGUUGGCCCUUUCCGCAGAAGACACCACAGCAGCAGUACAGUCUGGCGCCACAGACGAUGACCAGUCCCCUCCCAAGGCCAGCCCCUUCUGGUAUCAAUAUCCCGGCUUCGAACCGGAUCCACGUGCGCCCUUCAAACAUGAGCUUGGCCGCAUGUGUAAGCAUGUAGGUGCAAAGACCAAGAAGGAGAAGAAGGAUCUACAGACCAAAGCGCUCACCGCGGAGAUCAAGUACCACUAUGGCGCCCACAUGAGCAGGCUAGACCGCUGGCAGGAGCUGUGCGAGGAAGUUGGCAUCGAGAAAAUUCCUACUUCCAUCACUCAGUGUCAGAAGGUUCUGAAACCCGUCUUCGUCAACCUCUUCAACCUUGUUGAUCAUCGCCGUAACCCAGACCUCAAGGUACUGCGUUUCCAGUCGUACGGGGAGUUCAACAAUUUCACUCGCAAGGGCCAUGAGUUCCCACGGAACUGCGCAAAGCAGGAAGGGUUCAUCAAGGUUCUAUUGAAGAAGAUGUAGGGCAUUCUAUGUUAGACAUGCUUUCUGGGACCGAGGAGGAAUCUGUUGAUCUGGGCCGUAGCCUGGAUCUACCUGACGAACAUGAUGAUCGGGCGUCAUGGGAUUGGAUUUUUUACAUAACGACGGAGUUCAGGGUGCGAGGUGUAGGGUCGUGGUUAGAACCACACGACAACCCUGUAGGCAUCCAAACAAUGAAUGUUUUUG